AUGCCUCAAGAAGACUUAAAAGCUCAAGUUGCUUUUGCUGAAAUCAAUAAACGCGCUCAAGCACAGCCAACUCUCGUGAAAAAAGUUGGUGCUGUUAUUGUUUUUGAUAUCACAAAGGGUGGAAACGUACAACAGAGCUGGACUGUCGAUGGUAAACAAGGAACCAUCUAUGAAGGUAAACCAAAAGAAGGUGCCACUGCUCAAGUGACAAUUACCGUGGACGAUGAUGAUUUCAUCCAGUUAGCAACAGGUCAAGCUAAUGCACCGGCUCUUUUUGCAAAAGGCAAACUCAAAGUAAAAGGCAAUGUCAUGCUAGCACAGAAAUUGUCCACACUUUUCAAAGAACAAUCGAAAUUAUAA